CCAGGGCAAGGGCUGAAGGGCGAGGCUGUGGACGUGUUUCCUUCUGUCUCACACAGUGAAGUGCAGGAUUGUGGCUUGGCAGACGCUGUCCUCCUGUGCUACAUCCCCUGCUCUUCCUGCCACCAAUCUUUUUGGAUCUGACCUUCCAGAAUUCCUUGCCAUGGAAGCAUUCAUCUCGUCCUUCCUGGAGAAUUUGAAACAAAAGAAUUUUCAGCAGCUGGCUGCUGGCUUCAUAGCUCACUACACUGAGUUGGCCAGUGAGGCUGGAGGCAUUAUCUCUCCGGAAAUGCUCAAGAGAAUUCAAACAGCCCUCACGGAGGGGAAUCUACAGGCUAUGCUGGAUGUGAUUCAAGAAACUCUAAGUACGGCAGAAAAUGCUGCCCUGGAAGUGGCUGUAAUCGGCGAGUCGGGGACUGGCAAAUCCAGCUUCAUCAAUGCUCUGAGAGGGCUUGGCCAUGAGGAGGCAGGGGCAGCUGCCGUUGGGGUUGUGGAGACCACCACGAAGAAAACUCCUUAUCAGCACCCAAAAUACCCCAACGUGACCUUCUGGGACCUGCCAGGAACUGGGACACCCAAAUUCGCCCCAGAAACCUACCUAGAAACAGUGGGAUUUGCUUGCUUUGACUUCUUCAUCAUCAUUUCUGCCACCCGCUUCAGCCUCAACGACGCCCUCCUGGCCCAGAAAAUCAAGGAAAGAGGGAAGAAAUUCUACUUCAUUAGAGCCAAGGUGGAUGCUGAUUUAGAUAAUGAACAGGAAACCAAACCUAGGUCCUUCAGCAGGGAGCGAGUUCUGCAGCAGAUUCAAGACUGUUGCCUGGCCAGCCUCAGCUCCACCGGAGUACCCCAUCCGCGCGUGUUCUUGGUCUCCAAUUUUGACCUAUGUGACUUUGACUUCCCACAUCUGGAGAGCACUCUGCUGGCGGAGCUUCCUGCCCACAAGCGCCAGGCCUUCGCGCUCAUGUUGCCCACGCUGUCGGAUGCUUCCAUUGAGCAGAAGAGAGGUUUCCUCAGGGAGCAGAUGUGGCUGGAGGUUGUCAAGUCGUCGGCUUUGGCUUUCAUCCCCUUUGCGCCCGUCCUCAAAGGCUUUGAUUUGCCUGAACAGGAAGCAUGCCUGAAGGGUUACUGAAGAUACUUUGGUUUAGAUGAUGAGUCCAUUGAAGGGAUUGCCCAGAAGCUAGGCACAUCCGUGCAGGACAUCAAGAGCCACACCCGGUGCUUAGAUUUCUGGUCCCUAGUGAAGGAUGACAGCAUAGCAGCAAAGGCCAUGCGAUGUGGGGAAAGCUUCUGCUCUGUGAAUGGUGGCGUCCCAUCUGUUGUCUUCCAGUUUCUGAAAACCUACUUUCUACGUGGGAAAUUCCUCGAUACGGUGGCCGAUGAUGCUAAGCUCCUCUUGCGUAAGUCUUUAAGUGGUCACAUCUGAGAGAAUGAGGUAGAAGGGUUGUGCCCAGUCUAAUGAACUUGGAAAUGGGCCUCAGGUCUUGUGUGGUCAGGUAGUGUCCUCUGCACUUGUUCUGGG